GCGGAAGUCCCGGAUUGAGGCGCCGCCAUUUUUGCUGCCCGGACACGGAGCGAGAGGCUGAGAGAGUCGGAGACGCUAUCCGCUUCCAUCCGUCGCGCAGACCCUGCCGGAGCCGCUGCCGCUAUGGAUGAUCGGGAGGAUCUGGUGUACCAGGCGAAGCUGGCCGAGCAGGCUGAGCGAUACGACGAAAUGGUGGAAUCAAUGAAGAAAGUAGCAGGGAUGGAUGUGGAGUUGACAGUUGAAGAAAGAAACCUCCUAUCUGUUGCAUAUAAAAAUGUGAUUGGAGCUAGAAGAGCUUCCUGGAGAAUAAUCAGCAGCAUUGAACAGAAAGAAGAAAACAAGGGAGGAGAAGACAAACUAAAAAUGAUUCGGGAAUAUCGGCAAAUGGUUGAGACUGAGCUAAAGUUAAUCUGUUGUGACAUUCUGGAUGUACUGGACAAACACCUCAUUCCAGCAGCUAACACUGGCGAGUCCAAGGUUUUCUAUUAUAAAAUGAAAGGGGACUACCACAGGUAUCUGGCUGAAUUUGCCACAGGAAAUGACAGGAAGGAGGCUGCGGAGAACAGCCUAGUGGCUUAUAAAGCUGCUAGUGAUAUUGCAAUGACAGAACUUCCACCAACGCAUCCAAUUCGCUUAGGUCUUGCUCUCAACUUUUCCGUAUUCUACUAUGAAAUUCUUAAUUCCCCCGACCGUGCCUGCAGGUUGGCAAAAGCAGCUUUUGAUGAUGCAAUUGCAGAACUGGAUACGCUGAGUGAAGAAAGCUAUAAGGACUCUACACUUAUCAUGCAGUUGUUACGUGAUAAUCUGACACUAUGGACUUCAGACAUGCAGGGUGAUGAUUCCUAAAGGAUAAUCCAACUCUUCCUUUCCUAAAAACUCUACUUUGUGAAGAGCAGAAUAAAGAAGCGCUGCAGGAUGUGGAAGAUGAAAAUCAGUGAGACAUAAAAGCCAACAAGAGAAACCAUCUCUGACUACCCCAUUCCUUCCCAUCCCACUCCCAUUGGAAAUUCCCCCAUUGUCACUGAGAACCACCAAAUCUGACUUUUACAUUUGGUCUCAGAAUUUAGGUUCCUGCCCUGUUGGUUUUUUUUUUUUUUUUUUUUUAAACAGUUUUCAAAAGUUCUUAAAGGCAAGAGUGAAUUUCUGUGGAUUUUACUGGUCCCAGCUUUUAGGUUCUUUAAGACACUAACAGGACUGCAUAGAGGCUUUUUCAGCAUUACUGUAUUGUCUCCUGCCAGAUGUGGCAAGAUCACCAUUAGAAAUGGAAAUUACAUUUAAAAUCCAUUAGACUUCUAGGUGAUGCAAGCAUCUAAGAGAGAGGUUAAUCACACUAUAGAGGCAUUGUGGUAUCAUUUUUCCUUUUUCUAAUUGUUUAAAUUGAAUUUUAUACCAAUGUUUAAAAUUAAUUGGGUGUUAGCUUGAAGUGGUUAAAGAUUGUUUGGAGAGUUGUAAUGGUUUUGCUGUAAAGUGUUUCAAACUCUGCUGAAACGUUGCUGAAAAGCAUGGUGCUGGUAACAGUUCAACAAUCCGUGGCUGCUCAUUCUUGCCUACUUAUACUCUCCCUCUAAAGCAGGUUAGCAUUGAAGGUGGUAUGGAAAAGCCUGCAUGCGUGUUCAAUUCUUUGUUUCUUCUCCUUCCCUUUCCCUUUGGGCCCCCCCUCCCUCCUUCGCUCGCUCAACCUCUUUUGUUCAGUAUGUGUAACUUGAAGCUAAUUUGUACUACUGGAUAUCUGACUGGAGCCACAGAUACAGAAUCUGUAUUGUUCUUACUGAAACACAGCAUGGAAUUAACAUUAAACUUAAAUAAAACAAACCUAAAUUAAAAAUGCCAAA